AUGGUGUAUUUAGUUUACGAGGUGUUUGAAAACGUGGCCACCUACUACGACAAAAUGAACGAUGUGAUGAGUUUUGGCAUACAUCGUCUGUGGAAAGACCUGUUCGUCAAGAAACUGAAUCCGUUGCCAUCGACGAAAGUGCUCGAUGCUGCCGGGGGUACAGGAGACAUCGCUUUUCGUAUUCUGAAGCGGUCAGCUUUGAACGGUCAUCAUGGUCCCACCGCUAGGGACUACGCGUUCGUGACCGUGGUCGAUAUUAAUGCCGAUAUGCUUCGCAUUGGUCAGCAACGUGGCCAUUCGUUUCCAACCGAAUAUCUGGAUUGGGUUCGUGGAAACGCCGAAGAUCUACCGUUCGAAAACGACACGUUUGACGCGUACACCAUCGCGUUCGGCAUACGCAACUGCACCCACGUCGAUUACGUAAUAAAAGAAGCACACAGAGUAUUAAAACCGGGCGGUCGUUUCAUGUGUCUUGAAUUCAGUAAGGUGAAUAGCCCAGUGCUUUCUAAAAUUUAUGACUGGUACUCGUUCAAAGUUAUUCCUGUUAUGGGAAGCAUAGUGGCAAACGAUAGAAAAUCAUAUCGUUAUCUCGUCGAGAGCAUCAGACGCUUUCCGGAUCAGGAAACGUUUAAGAGGAUGAUAGUCGACGCGGGCUUCAGCGAAGUCACCUAUACAAACUUGAGCAACGGGAUUGCUGCCAUUCAUUCCGGAUUCAAACUUAAGUGA